CACGGCAGUAGCAGUUGCGGCGCACUGUGUGCCUCGGCCCUCGAGUCGCGUCGCGACCCUCGUUCACCGCCUGUGCCAAGCGACCUGUUAUUCGUCCUCUCGCUCUCGCUCUUCUUUCCAUCAUACUCUCGAUCACAACUAUUCACAAGUACUCCGCCGCGUGUGUCCCGUGAGUCCCGUGCAGUGCUACCGUCGCCAUUCACCGACGGACAAACCGCAUCUCGGAUCUCCUAUUCUCCUCGCGCCGCCGCAGCCACCGGAUGUGUCGUUGUGUCCUGCUGCACAUACGUUGCACAUCAGCCCACCCCUCACCACUCGGGCUGCUCGGGCACUCACCGCUGUCAUCAGCAUCGCGGCGAACGAUGUAUCAACGCUGUAGUCUGACAGCGUCGAGCGGCGGCGUCUCUACACUCGUCAUUCGCGUGUGAUUUAAACUCUUUCUUCUCGCUACUACCAGAGAUUAGCUAAUAUACUGUGCACGCCAGCAGUCCAGCACUACACCGCGUCGGUUAAGUAUAUCCAGUGCCUGUGUGCUCCGUCCGAGAAAAGAGAGCGUGCCGCGAGUCGGCGAGGGAAGCCCACCUAGUGCCUACUUUGUACAUAUUAUAUACUUAUACCAGUGUCUCUCCGCGCGCAACUUUUCCUGCACUGCAGCAGCUUCGACGAGCCAUAAGUAGCUCGCAGCUCGCUGUUCGUUUUCCUUGUUUAAGUAGUGCGGCGACACGGGAAGCACCGGACGAGCUAGUGCUGCUGUUCGCCAGGAGAAAAUGGCCAGGCGCUGCUGGCGAUUGGAAAGUCGCCGCCGCCGCCGCCGUCACGGAGAGGCUGCUACCUCGGCAGCAACGCCCGCCGCCGGUUUAUGACCAGCGCCAGACGAGGAAAGUCCACGACGACGAGCCAGUACCGUCGUUGCUGCGCUGCUUCUGCUGCUCUGCCGCCGUACUUAGUUUUCAUCGCGCCUACAUAGAGCAAACUUCGACUCAUUGACGAGCUGUGAUAGGAAGCCUUCACAAUGUUUGCCAAAAAGAAGAAGAAACCGCAGAUUUCUACGCCGACUAACUUUGAGCACAGGGUGCACACUGGCUUCGACAAGCGAGAGGGCAAAUUUGUUGGACUGCCGUUGCAAUGGGCCUCUAUUGUCGGAAACAACCAAAUACUCAAGUCUACCAACAGGCCUCUGCCAUUGGUGGAUCCUAGCGAAAUCACACCGACUGAGAUUUUAGAUCUGAAGACUAUAGUGCGGGGUCACAAUGAUCCCAGACUGGGCAAAUCCAUGGUAGGGGAGAAGGCCGUGGAGAGCAAUUUGCCAAAAAUGAGCAGCGUUGCAAGGUCCAAUUCUCUGAGAUCUUCCAGUCCACCCAGGCUAAGGAGAGAUUACAGGAACAAUACAAACCUGCCGCCAUCCGUUCCAGAGGGUCAAGAGAUGACAUUGAAUCCAACUCCAACCCAGAUGUAUCCCAACUACAAUAACAAGGCUCAUGGAUAUCCUGAUAAAAUGAGGCAGAACUCGCCGAGUGUUGGCCCAGCAACAAAUUCAGGACACAAUAUGAUUCCAAAUCUUCAGAACCUCAAUCCCAAUAUGCAGUCAUCACCGAACUUGCCACAUAUGAGUACAAAUGCCCAGAAUCUCUCAAUGAAUUUCCACAAUUUGAGUCCGAUUCCGAGUAUGCAGAGCCCACCAUCCAACCCAAACAUUCCUCAAAUGCAGGAGUACGACUUUCAAAGAAUGAAUCCAUCCAUGCCCAUCCAACCGGGAACAGCUCAGUACAAUGGCAACAUGCAAUCAGCUAAAGCGGAUCCUGCAAGAGCAGCAGCUGCAGCUCAGAAUAUGAUGAUACACAAUGCACAGCCAAAAGUCUCACCUGUUGGUUCAAUUGCAUCUCAGCGUCCCUUGAGCCAGCUUAGUUCAUACAAUGUUACCAAACAUACACAAAACUAUGGAGCAGCAGAAAAUCCAAACUUCCAUACGCAUUUCCAGAAACCUAUCGAGAGCUCACAGUCAAUGCACAAUCUUUCAAAGGCAGGUGCCCUAUCUCCAAUGCCAGGAAACAGCUCUACCCCGGAUCAGAAUCAGAAUAUGAAGAGUGCCAUAUCAUCAGGUAAUUUAGCUGUAGGAUCUGGCACAGCUGCAAACAACACUGGAAAACAAAACGCAGAACAGAGGCUGACUCAUGAACAGUUCAGAGCUGCAUUACAAAUGGUGGUGAGCAAUGGAGAUCCACGUGAAAACUUGGAAAACUUCCUGAAAAUCGGAGAAGGUAGUACAGGUACAGUAUGCAUCGCUACCGACAAAACUACGAAUCGACAAGUUGCAGUAAAAAAGAUGGAUCUGCGCAAGCAGCAACGUCGAGAGUUGCUAUUCAACGAAGUGGUCAUCAUGAGGGAUUACCAUCAUCCAAACAUUGUUGAGAUGUACGACAGCUUUUUAGUGAACGACGAACUCUGGGUCGUCAUGGAGUAUUUAGAGGGUGGCGCUUUAACGGACAUUGUUACACACUCUCGAAUGGACGAGAGCCAGAUCGCGACAGUUUGUCUGCAGUGCCUUAAGCCCCUGCAGUAUCUACACUCGCAGGGCGUUAUACAUCGAGAUAUCAAGUCGGAUUCGAUAUUGCUUACAGCUGAUGGAAGGGUGAAACUUUCAGACUUCGGAUUCUGUGCACAGGUCUCACAGGAGCUGCCCAAACGAAAAUCACUUGUCGGUACUCCUUAUUGGAUGAGUCCCGAAGUGAUUUCUAGGUUACCAUAUGGGCCGGAAGUUGAUAUUUGGUCUUUGGGAAUUAUGAUUAUUGAAAUGGUGGACGGAGAGCCACCGUUUUUUAAUGAACCACCCUUACAAGCUAUGAGGCGCAUCAGAGAUAUGCCUCCACCAAAAUUGAAAAACUCACACAAGGUGAGCCCAAGACUGCAGAAAUUCCUCGAAAAAAUGUUGGUGCGAGAUCCAGCUCAUAGAGCUACAGCUGCUCAAUUGCUUGAAGAUUCAUUCCUUAUGCAGGCUCAGAGCCCAAGUAUCUUGAUACCGCUGAUGCGAGGUUCCAGACAUACAAACUGUUAAUAUAUUUAUAAGAAAAAAAAAAUGAAGAUGGUAAAAGAGAAAGAUUAUAACAGUGCAGUAUUGGAAUUGAUUGCUUUCGAGCGAAACACAAGAGUAAACUUUUAGGAUGUAUGUAUUCGGCUUGACACUCGCAGCGUAGUCUUUUUGUCAAAGGACCGUGUAAAAUUUUCGUUAAAGUUUGACACUCACUCGCUGUAAGCACGCAUCUAGUAUUAUAAAGUUCAUCAAGUUUGCUAUAGGUUAUGUUAAAUGUUGUAGCAUCUACACAAACCUAUUUCCAAGUGCCUUGACGGAGUAGAAUUCCUUGAUAAGGUGCAUAUAUAUGUGUGUGUGUAUAUAUAUAUAUAUAUAUAUAUAUAAUAUAGAAACGUCGUACGGAUGUUCUAAAACUCUUCUUUAUCAAUACCGGAAAUAACACAACUUUGCUUUUUAAUUUUUCUUUUUACAUGUCGUAUAUUCAUCGUCAAACUUAUGCGCUUCAGUUAAAUGAUGCUAAUAAUACAGUUAGUUAUUGACGAUUUCAUUACAUCAACUUAAUUAUUAACUUAAACCUAUGUACGAUAUUUACAAGAAUCAUCAUUCACCAAAGCCAAUUUUCAGAUUUACUCAUCAAUUCACAUUUAUCAACACUUAUAUUAUGAUGUUUAUACUUUUCAUUUAUAGUCAAUCGCAAUAGGCAGCUUUUAUAUAUAUAUAUACCUGACACUUAAAUCAAGUUGAAUCCAUGCUUAAUACUUAAACAUCGGAUUAAUAGUAAAAUUGAUUUUUAUUGUUGGAAUAUAUAGAGUAUCUGAAAACGAGCGACUAAAGACUUUAAGCUUUUACAUUCCACAUAAAAAGAAAAUGGACAUGUGAUAUUUUUCAUCGGCAGAUUAAAAAGGAAAAAGAUUUUGUAUAAGAUGAUUUUUUAUAUACACUCGCAUUGUUGAGAAAAUUUACUGAUGUAGACUUUAUAAACAUUUAUGUAAAUGGAUUGUUAAAUAAUCUUAAACGAUUAAAAUUCCACGUUAAGGAAACGUUUAUUAUGCGUGGCGCUUGAUCUUGUCAUGAUCAUUCGCACUUAAGAUUCUAGCAAUAUUAUUUUUUAUACGCAAAGAAUCACGAGAUCUAUUGUAUUUCUAACAAAGCAAAUCGCAUCACUUGUUUCAUGAAAUGUUUUUAAGUAAUUAAGUUAUGCUAAAGUAUCAAUUUUUAUCACUUUUUUGCUAUUGAAAAUUAGCUAUUAAAGUACAAUUGUGACGUCUUUGUACGCGAAGACUAAAGAAUGAAAGUAAAAAUAUAUUCAAUUUUUCUGAUACAUUCAAAA